GUUCCUGGGAACUACUCCAGACAGUACCAUGAUAUAUCGAUUGCUGACUAGUUUAUGUCAGCAGAUUUGUAAAGUACGCGGAGAGGAUGCCCAGAUUCCUGAGAGUACGAAGGAGUUGAAAGAUUUUUUUCAAAGAUGUCUUACUCUGACGAAAGAUGAUCAGAAAAUUGUUAUCUUUCUGGAUUCACUGGACCAGCUGAAUCCACAUGAUGGUGCAAGACAACUCACUUGGCUACCAAGACAGCUGCCACCAAAUGUGAAAUUGAUAGUUUCCACUUUACCAGAGGAUGAACAUACCUGUUUCCCGUUAUUACAGAGUGAGUUUGCUACAAUAUCUGUAGUAGAUGAGAAUUGUGUACGCUACAGUAUCUGGUCUUUAAAUACCGGAGUACCGGAAAGAAGUUACACAGCUGACAAUAUACCCUUUGACAACUCUGGACGAAAUCUUCUACAUUGUCUAGAUUCAAGCAAGGGAUGUUGCAGAAUCGGUGAUGGUGACGAGAAGACACUCAGUGUUGUAAAAUUUGAUAAUUGGAGUAAUUAUCACAAAUGCGGAGAAGGCAAGACCUCACAGUAUCUCUUCUGUGCUCUUGUCAGUGAAGGCAGAGAGAUCCUUGCAGGGAGUCCUUUUGAGAGAGAUAUUCUUCUGUUCGGUGUUGAAAAUGGAGAGCUGAUCGAAUGUCUUUCUCCAAACACAAAUGAGAACUGUUAUCAAAUGACAACCAAUCGGCAUGGAACCACAGCUGUCCUUCACUUUCACUCUCAUGGAUUACAAAUAUGGAGCAUUGCAGAAAGAAAAGUGCUGUUCCGUAUUACCACCACGACAAAGACGUCUGACAUUGAAUACAUACUGUCAGCAGAUGGUAGAUACAUGGUCGUAAACACACCUUGUUCAAUUCAUGCAAACGAUGGUGAACGAGACAUUAAGAUGAAUUCUGUGAUAGAAAUAAUAAAAGAAGCGAUAUGUUAUGUUAUACCAAGCACUGAGAAAGUAAAAGGCUUCAUCGGAGAAAACAACAAGAUAGUUACAUCAAACAAUGAGUUAUGGAACGUAUGGUCAAUUGAAAAAGGACAACUAAUUCAAAGCUGGAAGAUGCCAACUGCAAUGCACAAUUGUGUGAUUGUUGAUGCAGAGAAGGGCAGCCAUGUCCUUCUUUCGUCAGAGGAUAGAGUAAAGAAAUCAGUUAUGUUAUUAGACGUGGAUCAAGGAGAAGUCAUUACCAGCUUUACUUUUGACAACCGGAUAGACAAAUGUAUACUGUCAGGUUCGGGACGAGUUGUGUCUGCAAUAAUUGAUGGAGAGUUGGUGUCUCUUCGGCUUGUUGGUAAGAACAUUCCG